AUGCGCCGCUACCUCUCCAGUGUCACCCUGGUUCUUGCGGCCACGCACUGUGUCCUCUCUUCUCCGCUGCCCGCAGGCACGGGCGGGGACUCUGAGGCUGCACGCUCCGUGCCCCUCUCGACCAUUCCCCCCAGCUCGAUGGACAAGCUCCGUGUCCCCGACAAGCCCAACGAUGAUCCUAACCUCGGCACCACCUCCACGCCUCCCCCUGGCGGGACUCAAUUCCUCGACGUAGCCGCCUUGUCCGGGAUCAAAGGCAAGAAUGAUGCGACGACGCACAGCGCCCAGCACGACAACUUGCCCGGCAUUACGAACACAAAGACUGUCAUGGCCAUUUCGCAGAUCCCGGGACCAAAGGGAGCUAUACCUGGGCGUCGUGACGGCAGCCGUAGGGUUGAAGAAAGGAAAGAUGCGAGUGGCAGGAAAGUUCACCUGCCCGAGGAGGAGCACAGAAAGCGCGCCACCGUAUCGCCAGGAGUGGACAAGAUCAAGACGCCCAUCUACUGGCACCCUAUCAAUCCAGGCAGAAAGGGCAACGGGACGACGUCGGACGGCAAGCGCGACGGGUGGUCUAGCCCUCAUACUGAAAACUCCGACAAUCCGCUCGUGUCCAAGAAUCGAGUCAUCCCUGGCAGCAAGGUCAAGGGUAUCAAGCCUUUCGGCAACGACGGCAACGAUGACUUGAGCAACGAGGUUCGCCGCCGCGACGACGAGCACUUCACACCGCAGAACUCGGCAAAGGGAGGUUCCCUGGCUCCGCCCAAGAACGUGGUCACGCUCAUUUCGGUGUUGGGCAGUGGUGGAGAGGUUCGACCCCUCGUCAAUCCCUCUUCGGAGACCAGCGGCGGGGGCAAUGUGCUUGCCUGGCCGAGUUGGACGAAGAAGAAGAAGAAGAUCCCCACGCGCGCGGACGAUGAGAAGAGGAGUAUUGGUGAGCCCGGACUGAUCUCGCAGGGCGGUAUCAAUUUCUUGCUUGAGAUGAAUAGGAUGGAGAAGGGGGAGAAGCCCGUCAAGGAUGGGAAGCGUGCAUUGCGAAACAAGGAGGGAAGGAUGGCUCGUAUCCGGGCCACGCCUAGCGAGGGGUAA